AUGGAAGAGGUCGCCGAAAAGGCGUCCAACUUGUACCACAGAAACGUAGAUUGCGCAGAAAAGGACUUAGCCGUCCUCGUGGCUCAUAAGGAGCCUAUUUAUGCAAAAUUAGAACCCCAACUUGCAAGGUUGCGGAAAACAUGUCAGGAUUUCGUCUUUGUUGAUUUCGACAGCGCCACUGAAGCCCGAGCCGAAACACGCCUAUGGGAUGCUCAUGCCAAAGUCAACCAGAAGUUCAGGUCGUUUCUUGCGAAAUUUCGAGAUGUUGAUGGCAAAAAGAAGCAUGUUGAACGCCGAAAGGCCGAGAAACUCUAUCUUGAGUUUAUCAAAUCCAGCAUGAGAUUCUACCGUGGCUAUAUCCAACGCCUUGCCUCACACUUCAGAGGUAUCCCUGAAAUCCUUGAGGUUGCGAAGAAGUUCAGCCUGGAGACUCUUAGCGUUGAACCCGUAGUAUCUAUCGACGACUUGCGCAAGAAGCAAAUCGUCCGUUCCUGCUAUCUGAGUUUGGUGCAGCUCGGUGACCUCUCAAGGUACAGAGAGACCGAGCUGCAGACCAAAGAGCGAGACUGGGGUCCGGCGAAAGGCUAUUACCAGCUUGCAAUCAAGUUGGACCCUCAUUCUGGUGUCGCAUACAAUCAGCUUGCUGUUAUUGCACUCACUGACCAAGACCACCUUCGGGCCGUCUACUAUCUCUACCGAGCCAUCACAGUGCGUAAUUUUGCGCCGCAAGCUCCUGGAAAUCUUGAACUCGAAUUCAAGAAAAUUAGAACCCGAGCAUCCCAAGGGAUGCCAAUUUCGUCCACUGCUACUGAAGAAGAUAACGCCCUUUCUGACCAUUUUAUCAUUUACCACUCUCGUUGCGCUGAAAGAGGAUUUGUGCCUGGUGACGAUCAACAGAACGAGAUCUUUCGUCGGCUAGCAGAUGAUCUACGGGAGAAGCCAUUUGACACUAGAGUCCGAAAGUUCUGUUUGAUCAAUAUUGCGGCAGAGGAUGUAACAGCUCAAAAAGCUCGCGGCAAGUCUCUUCCGGUUCUCGUGUUUCAGCAGCUUAACGUUGGCACUUUCUUCUUACUCAUGAAGCUCAUGCUCGACGAGCUUCAGCGCUUGGCCAAGAGCCCGAAUACAGGGACAACAACUGACGAUGACAAGAGCAUAAACGUGACGCCAGUCACUCGCAGAAUUCUUCCCCAUCUGCGCUUGUACAGCAGCUGGCUGUUGAGUAAGGCCGAUUAUCUGCUUGCAAGCGAGACCUUGAAGGUUCAGAUGCGCGAGUUUUGGCUGGUAUACGCGGAAGCACUCAGCUCGUUGGCUGCGACAUAUUCCCUUGUCGACAUUCCAGAGAUCCCAUACCUUUUAGACGAGGAUCUUGACACAUUGGGUUUCAGUCCGUUCUCCGAUCUUGUACGAAAAACCCUAUUUUAUUUGCAAGAUCAAGCGAAGCCAGCCUAUGAUGAGCUUCAGUUUGGUCCCCGUUCCCCUGAAGUUGAGAUGUUGUACCGGAUCAAAUGCUUGGUCAAGGACGGGGUCAUUCUGUGCCGGGGAAAAUGUGGCAUAAUGCCAAUUCCUCUCAAGUUCGCGGGCAUGUGUUUCGUUUUCCUUGAUGAGGACGGGGGACCGUCAAUUGGAAAGGGGCUGGUGUCACCGCAUGAGACUCACACGAGCUCGAUCAACAGCAUCAGUCGAGAAGACAUCGAAGCUGCCAAGCAAUCGAGAAACACCGUAGAAAAAGCCUUAGGCCAUCACGAGGAUGCCUCUGAUGCUGGAGUGUCAGCCUCGGCAACAUCGACCAUGGAAAACAUGGUCAAUAAUCUGACACAGCCUGAACCACCACGACGAACGGCACAUUCAAAUCAUCUUCAUGACGAGUCUCUGCCGUCGGCAUUGAAGACGCCGACGGCACAGUCGUUUGCAGAACGUGGUGCCUCUCAAUCUCAAUUGCAGCAGCAAACCUUUACAGCUCAUGAUCUUGUGCAGCAAAUCCAACGAUCGCCUAGAUCUUCGUUUCCCUUGUUGGGAGAUUCCGCGACCAAUCGUCCCAUGCUACCAAGCAUCAUGAACUCACCUUUUGCACCUCUCCCAGGAGAGACACCCGGAUCGUCACCUCGCUCAAGUACAGUUCAACGGUUGCAUGCUCCAUUCGUGAUUUCUCCUCAAACCCGCCAGUUCCAGGUAAACCUGCUACACCAACAGCAGCAAGUUCAACUGCGUUCGUCUCCACUCGAAUCGCCACAGCCUACAAUGUCGAGCCUCUUCGAGACACCAUCAAAGAUGACAGUAAGGAUGCGUGCUGCUGAUCAAUCGCAAUCUGUGUUGUCUCCGUGGCAAGACCCACCUUACCAACCAGUCAUUUCGGAGUCGGUCGUGCCUAAGCGAGCACCUCAGCCAGCGCCCUUUGGGGCUAUCGGUGAUCCUCGACCAAAGAGCAGCGGAGGUCCGACCAGUGGUCAGCUUGGGUGA